GCAGUGGAGGACAAGGCUGACUGCGUCAGCGACUCUUCGGUUUUCAGCGCCCAGCGCCGAGAGCAAAGCCACCCCAAUUUCUACAUCGCGCCGGCGCUGAUUCCCAUCGACGCCCCGUUCGCCUGCGAAUCGGAGUGCCUCGGCCUCGCUGCAGUCCCGACUCUUCCCAGGGGGCGCAGUUGUCGGCGGUUGAAACGGGAGCUGGAGGAGAAAGGUGGGCCAGUCUACCAGGAGCUUGUGCACUUGGGGUUCGGCCCCACGGGCCCGCUCUUGCCGGCGGUGGGCUCGACGGCUGCGCGCCUUCGAGCAGCGGCGCCCAACGUUGCCGGGGCCUGCGAGGAGGCGCGCGACUCAGGCCUGGCGUCGGACGCUGUCAAGGCUUCCCACGAGCGCUCCAGCGACGGCCUCGCGGGCGAUGGUGGGGACAUGGCGGGAGAUGCGCUGCUGGGGCUGCCCAGGGCAUUUCCUUUACACCUGCGGAGCGGGAGGAAGCCGGUGGUGGUCGAGGUCGUUGUCGGCGUGGUUGCUGCCGCCCGCCACGAUAGAGCGCGGGCGCGCUUCGUGCGCGCCAUCGCCACCAUGCCGAAUAUCAUCGCGCAGGUGCUGGGCGUCGACCUGGCCGAGGCCGAGAAACGCUUGACUUCCCAGCCGCCCCAGUGGGGCGAAAGUUUCGGGCGCGGCCAGUCGUCUGGUGAUUGCGUCACUAGCGGCGGCGACGUCGAACCGCCAACGGUCAAGCGGCUUCGGACCAGGGCUUGCAAGUUGAACUCGCUGCGCUUUGACGAAGCCCCGCGGCUGCAUGUGAGGUGCGAGCCCAGCUGCUGGAACCUGCGCAUGUCACUCGUCGCCCCGCUUGAUAACGCUGCCGCGCUACAGCCAAUGACCGGCCGGGCGGCGGCGCCCGAGCGCGACCUCGGCGACUGGGCGCGUGACUUCAGCGGAGACGGCCCCAGCGCCCGCGUCUUCGACGUGGGAAACCCCGGCGAGUUUUCAGGAUCGUUCAUGCUGGCUUUUGGUGCGCACUUUUACCAGGGCCGUGACUUGGCCCUCCCCGGCGGAGAGCUUGCGACGGAGUCCCCGCCGAGGUGGUCCGAGGCGCGCCAGGUCGUGAAGGUCAGCGUCGCUGGCGUACGGGGGCCGAAGAUCAGUUGCGCGCCAGUGCGCGCGAUCGCCGGCUUCGCGGCGUUGCGCUCGCGCCCGGGUUGUUCGGGCUGGGUCGACUGGGGCAG